ACAAAGUGCUGGCGAGCUGCGACGUGACUAGCGGGCCGCGUGGGUGCCCCAAGAAGCGAACGAGGCAGCCGGCAAAGGACGCAGCCUGGGCCCUGGCCCCGCGGUACUGCAGCCGCGCCGCCGCUCACGCACAUGCUCGGCGCCGGAGCCGCGCAUAACGAUAAUUGGCUUUGAAUUGCACUUUGGAAUUCAUCUACACCUAAAAUGCCACCAGCAGUGGGAGGUCCAGUUGGAUACACACCCCCAGAUGGAGGCUGGGGGUGGGCCGUGGUCAUUGGCGCUUUCAUUUCCAUCGGCUUCUCUUACGCAUUUCCCAAGUCUAUUACAGUGUUCUUCAAAGAAAUUGAAGGUAUAUUCCAUGCCACCACCAGUGAAGUGUCAUGGAUAUCCUCCAUUAUGUUGGCUGUCAUGUAUGGUGGAGGUCCUAUCAGCAGUGUCCUGGUGAAUAAAUACGGCAGUCGUCCAGUCAUGAUUGUUGGUGGCCUCUUGUCAGGCAGUGGCUUGGUUGCAGCUUCUUUCUGUAAGAGUGUACAACAACUUUACUUUUGUAUUGGAGUCAUUGGAGGUCUUGGUCUUGCCUUCAACUUGAAUCCAGCUCUGACCAUGAUUGGCAAGUACUUCUACAAGAAACGGCCGUUGGCAAAUGGAUUGGCCAUGGCAGGCAGCCCUGUGUUCCUCUCUACCCUAGCCCCCCUCAAUCAGGCUUUCUUCGGUAUCUAUGGCUGGAGAGGAAGCUUCCUAAUUCUCGGGGCGAUCCUACUAAACUGUUGCGUGGCCGGAGCCCUGAUGCGACCGAUAGGGCCCUCAGCAACCAACGCAGAGAAAGACAGGUCUAAACAGACCUUUCACGACGUUGGAAAAUCUGAUGCAAAAGUAGUGGCAGGUGAUGCAAAUACAGAUCUUAUCGGAGGAAACCCCAUAAAGGAGAAACCAUCAGUCUUCCAAACAAUUAAUAAAUUUCUGGACUUGUCCCUGUUCACUCACAGAGGCUUUUUGCUGUACCUCUCUGGAAACGUGAUCAUGUUUUUUGGAUUAUUUGCUCCUUUGGUCUUUCUUAGUAGUUAUGGCAAGAGUCGGCAUUACUCUAGUGAGAAGUCUGCCUUCCUUCUUUCCAUUCUGGCUUUUGUUGACAUGGUAGCCAGACCUUCUAUGGGACUUGUAGCCAACACAAAUCGGAUAAGACCUCGAAUUCAGUAUUUCUUUGCUGCCGCUGUUACUGCAAAUGGAGUGUGUCACCUGCUAGCACCUUUGUCGUCCAGCUAUACUGAGUUCUGUAUUUAUGCGGGAUUCUUCGGGUUUGCAUUUGGGUGGCUCAGCUCGGUAUUGUUUGAAACACUGAUGGACCUCGUUGGACCCCAGAAGUUCUCCAGUGCUGUGGGAUUGGUGACCAUUGUGGAAUGCUGCCCUGUCCUCCUGGGGCCACCACUUUUAGGUCGUCUCAAUGACAUGUACGGAGACUACAAGUACACAUACUGGGCCUGUGGCGGGGUUCUGAUUGUCGCGGGCAUCUAUCUCUUCGUUGGCAUGGGCAUCAAUUACCGACUUGUGGAAAAAGAACAGAAAGCAGAGAGGCAGCAGAAAAAAGAAAGUAAAGAGGAGGAGACCUGUGUAGAUUUUGAGAAGCCAAAAGAAGUUACCUACGCAGCAGACGCUCCAGAGCAGAAAGACUUAGCAGGAGGCCCCCAAGAGGAGGAGAGUCCAGUCUGAACACGUCGGGCCGAAGGGUAAAUGGAGCAGCUUGCGACCCAUGAUAUCUGAAAAUGUUCUACUGGCCUGUGAUCUGUCUCCCAGUGGUGCUCAAUGCGAAUAGUGGACAUUUGUGUGGAAAUCCUCCCAGGCGUUCCUUCAUGGAAUUUGUGUUUCACUCCUUACCAGUAGCCUGAAUUAAAAAUACCAUAUCCUUUGGAGAUGGAAUGGUUGGCAAAGAGUGAGGAAAGGAAGUCGGGUAUUUUUUUUUUUUUUUUAAAUCUUAGCUUUUAACAGUGUCAUGAAGAUUGUAAUAUGUGCCUUAAGUUUUAGUCUUUAGAAUCUUUAGGGAGCCUUAACUUUUUAAACCAUUCUGCUGAAUUCAUCUAUUUUAAGUGUUCCGUUACAAGGAAAAAUAACUUGUUUGAUGCAAAUCUAAAAUUUAAUAUUAAUCUUGCUUCCCUGUUAUUUGUAAUACAAUAUCAGACAUGAUCACUGAACGAUUUAUGGAUAGAAAUAUUGGUUGAAAGUUGGGGAUUUUAUAAAAUCUUGACUAAAAUAUUUCCCUUGCAUCGAUAGUUGCCUGGCAUAUGUGCCUGCUUGCUAUAUAUUUAGGAAACGUAAGGCAUAAAAUUUUGGAAACUCUUGGCUGUUCCAGACAUGUUGUAGUCAUCAACACCCCUCGGGUAUCUUUUCUUAGGAUGGUUAUUAGAAGCUAAGUUCUUGAGAGUUGAUUUCAUUAAAUUACUAUUUUUUGCACCCCUUUUUACAGACACAUUUUGAGUGGUUAUAGAUCGUUGCCCCUUUUGAGAUCACUUAGUAUUAUUUUUUUCAGUGUAAAAGUUAGUAUUAAAAUAUACAAAACUAUAUAUUUGUGCCUCCUUGGUAAAGAUAACAUAUCUAAUUAAAUGCAGACAUAUUUCAAACAGCAGCUGAAUUCAGCUUAGGUUUUACUAAAACCUCAGUUAAACUGUGAGACUCGGAAUUGUUUUGUUGUUGUUUUUCCUGGAAUUUUUUUUCCCCUUUGAUUCAUAGAAGUUCCAUUUAUAUCUGUGUGUAGCUUAGAGCUGUGUGAGAUAUUCAAUCUUUGUGUGUUUCGUUUUUUUGUUUGUUUUCUUUUUGUUUUUGUUCAAAUGUUUGCUAAUUACAGAGAGCCAGAGAGAUUUGGCCCCAGGCAAACCUGUAAGGAUAAGAUUGGGAGGGAAGUUGCUAAGUAUUUUUAGUUCAAUAAACUGCUUUUCUUUUUCCUCCAGAAGGUAUUGAAGAAAAUUAGAAUUAUUGGACACAUUCUUACUCUCCAGACAAACCUAAAAACUUUGUGACCCCUUUCACUUAACCUGAAAAGUAGAGAAAUGCAUUUAGUAUAAGGAUAGGAGGGAAGAUGGACCAGAAUGAAAACUAAUAUUUUUUUACCUACUAUCUUUUAAAUUGAGGCAGAAUAAUGAUAGACAUUCAAUGAAUUAUAUAUUCAAUGUAUUUUAAAAUAUUAUUGUAAUUGACAGAGUGAAAGUAUAGAUUAAAAACCUUGUAAGAGGCUGGCUUUUCCAAAUAAAUUUUUUUUUUUUGAAGAAAUGUUUCUUCCUCCAGAUGUUUUAUUUGAGAAAAAUAUUACUGUGUUCAUUUUUAUUAUUAAGAUUUAAUUUGACCUUUGCUAAUAUUAAAUUUAAUCAUUCAGCUUA